AUGCACAGCGUCAACUGCAGCAGCAACAACAGCUACAACAGUUUCAACUGCAGCAGCAACAACAGCAACAGAAACAACUGCGGCAGCAACAGAGACAACUGCAGCAGAACAGCAGCGUCAACUGCAGCAGCAACAACAGCUACAACAGUUUCAACUGCAGCAGCAACAACAGCAACAGAAACAACUGCAGCAGCAACAGAGACAACUGCAGCAGCAACAGCUUCCACCACAGAUGCAGCAACUGAGAUAUUAACUGCAACAGGAACAGCAGCGUCAACUGCAGCAGCAGCAACAGCUACAACAGUUUCAACUGCAGCAGCAACAACAGCAACAGAAACAACUGCAGCAGCAACAGAGACAACUGCAGCAGCAACAGCUUCAACCACAGAUGCAGCAACUGAGAUAUUAACCGCAACAGGAACAGCAGCGUCAACUGCAGCAGCAACAACUGCUUCAACUGAGGCAACAACAACAGCUUCAGCUACAGCAGCAACAGCAGCUUCAACUACAGCAGCAACAACAGCUUCAACUACAGCAGCAACAACAGCUUCAACUGCAGAUGCAGCGACAGAGUCAUCUACAGACGCAGCAACAGCUGCAACUGCAACAGCUUUAAAUACAGAUGAAGCAACAGCUUCAACUGCAGCAGCAACAACAGCUUCAACUACAGUUGCAGCAGCAGAGACAACUGCAGCAGGAACAGCAGCUUCAACACCAGCAGCAACAACAGCUUCAACUGCAGCAGCAACAACAGCUUCAGCUACAGAUGCCGCGACAGCUUCAACUGCAGAGGCAACAGCUUCAACUAUAGGGACAAUCACAUCAUCUGGAGGAACGACCGUAACCGCUGCAGGAACGACACAAGCUGCUGAAGGGACCACCCAAGCUGCUGGAGAAACCACUGAAGCUGCUGCAGGAACCACCCAAGCUGCUGGAGGAUCGACCCAAGCUGCAACUGUAGGAGCAACAACAACUCCCAAAACAACAACUGCUGCUCCACCGCCCAAAAAGUUCUCCGGAGCGUUUCGGAUAACAGAUAUUAGUAAUAGCAAGACUGAAUUUACUGAAGAUUUGAAAAAUUCCUCGUCUGCACAGUUUAUGAUGAUCAGUGACCUUGUGUGUAAGGAGCUUAUCAAGGCUUCAAACGAGUCUGCGGGUGGUGCGCUUACUGGCUGUGAGGUCACAGCAUUCAAAAACGGCAGCAUCAUAGCCGAGUUUUCUCUGGAGUUUACAGCAACAGCAAAUGUGUCGACCGAAACGUUAAACAGUCAGAUUGUGGCUACACUCAACAAUUCGGACACAUUCACUGUCGACCCAGAGUCGAUCAAAGUUGAAGAAACCAUAGUUACUGUAGCACCGACAGUGGCUGCUUCAACGACCACCAUCAAUGAACCCGUACCGUACGGUCUGUCAGGAGGGGCAAUAGCUGGCAUUGUAGUGGGCGCUAUUCUGUUCGUGAUAGUGCUCGUCAUCCUGUUAGCGUUCAUAGUGACGAAGGUAAAAGGGAACGGCGCGAAAGUGGCUGGGGAACCAAACACGCCACGAACGACGCACGAAUAAGAACACUUUGCCUUGUUAUUAUUUGUUGACAAUGAGGGCGCUUUCAACAGCAAGCUUUGUUUGCAUCUGUCGCAGUUUGAUCUUGAUAUUUGUCUGCCUGUAGGUUUUUGGCAAUUACUAAACGAGUCCAUUGCCUUUAUUCGGCUUUGUUCAUGAGCAUCUUUAAGUGUAACGUCAGAUGUUCAGGUUACCGCGAUAUAUGCUUUUGCACUUAACUGUUUUGCGAUCGGAUACCAGUGUGCGAUAUGGUUUUAAACAACCUUUAUACUAUGAAAAAAGUGUGCCUUUAAAUGUUUUACCAAAGUAAUGUUUUUGUAUGGCGAACACGCAUACAAUAACUUUCACUUGUAUGCCUUCGUUUAAAUAAUAAUUAUUAUUAUGUUUUUCAUAAUUGUUCAAGAUUUUCCACCUUUGAGAUCUUUAUAUUUUUAAAGAGUGAUAAAAACGAUAGCCCGAAAUUGUACAUAAAUCAAUCACUAUAAGCUGGUGCGAUUGUCGCACGACCUUUUUUAAAAGAAAUAUGUUCGUUUGGAAUAGGGUCACCUUUACGGGACAACGGGGAAUUGGUACACAAAAUUAUGUCCAUCCUAAAAUACUCAACCAUCAAGUUUAGGUCAACGCUAAUGAUAACCGAUAUUUGUUGUUCUCGGCUUUUUCGGCGUUUCGCAUCAAAAUCUAAAGUACACUCUGAUGCAAAGCUAGUCUUGAUUCGCGGCGUUCGUUUUGUUAACAUAUAAUCGCUGAUAUCGCAAGAUGAAUUACUGGAGAAGAGAUGUGUGUAUAAAACACACGUCUGGAUCAGAAGCUUUGAACACGAUUCAUGUGCCCUUUUCGAAACCACAGCUUUAGCUUUGGAUUCUGCUUCAGGCUCCGUUCUCUCGUCUGAGACCGAGAGCGCGUAUACGUAAAGCAUUUGCAAAUUGUCAAAACAACUGGGCGGGUCCAAGCUAGCCUGAGUCGAAUCCAAAACCGAAGCCGACGUCGUUUCGAAAAGGGUCACAUAGGCUCAUUUUGAAGCUUACAGCCCCUUUUCGAAAUCAAGGCUUCGGCUUUGGAUACGGCUUCAGGCUCCGUCCCUUCAUCAAAACGCCCGAGCGCCUUGGCAGCACAAGUGCAAUAUUGUCAAAACAACCGCGGGGCCAAGAAGCUAACCUGAGCCGAAUCUCGAGGGGAAGACAUGGAAAAGGAUCAUACUUUUUGACUAUUCCUGUUUAGCCAGUUGAUGUUUGCGCCCUUUAAUAUCGGCGACUAAAACCAAAACCAGCGUCACUAAUCGAGACUAAUGCGAAGCUGAUGAUUGAAUGCGAUAAGUGAGGUAUAGCACCGUUAAGUGUAAUGGAGCUAAAACCAAACGACAUCCAAAGAUCUGCUGAGUAUCUAAAAGGUACAUAAUGUAGUUAAUUAUAUGACUUGUUCGGGUUGGAUGCUCGCGCUCGUGUCAAAUUGAAAUGAAAGUAAACAUUGUGUGAUCGAAAUUUAAAAACAAUGAACGGAAUUAAAUCCGGUUUGAGCUGGUUUGCCAAGCACUGCAGAGCCGUUUACUGAGGUUUGUCGUCAUUUUUGGUAUCUGAUGGAGACACAGGAGAAAAUGAAAAGGGAAAACAAAGGGGUAUCCAUAAGGGGGAUCUCUGGGAAAAUGAAAAAUCUUUCAACAAAAAUUGCUCCUAAGGAUGCGUUUUUGAGAACUUUGGGUUGUGUGUGCCCUGAAAAUUAACUUACGGGGUACUUUAACAAUAAAGCAAUGCUAUCCAACAGAGUUUUUUUUAAUUCUAGUGGUACCCCACCGAGAAUUUCUACAGAAAAGGUAACAGAAAAAAAGUAAAUUUGCUGUAAAUUAAAUUAAAUUCAAAUCGCUAACAAUGCAAAAAGGGGCUUUCUGUCGUAAACAUUAACGGUCAUGAAUGCAGUGCAAUGAAAAUGAGGAAAAAAUCACCAGCUCGCUUGAGUUGGUAAAAAUAAUGUCGAGCGCCAUCUAGAAGCUGGAGCCUGGCCAGUGAUUUUUCUCCAGAUGUUCCGGUCCAGCAUGCAGGAGCGAAGUUCCUCAGCGCUGGUCAAGCCGGUGUCUCGUUUUAGUGUGUCUACAAAGGAGAGACAUCUUCUCCCACGCGAGGCCUUGCCUUGGGUGGGCUCCCAGAGGAUGGUUGGGCAAGCGGCAUGCUCCGAGUGGCGGACACAGUGCCCAGCGAGCUUGAGUCGGUGUUCUCUGUGGCCUUUGGCCAGCCAGCAUACGGGUUGGAGUUUCUCAUGUGGUCCUGCCAGGGGAUGUUUAGGGCCAUACGCAGCAUCCUGGUGUAGCAACCAUCCAGAUACUUCUCCAUACUGGUGGUGAGGGUCAAGGUCUCAGCUCCGUAUAGUAGCAUAUGCCCAUUUAAAACGAGAUUAGAGAUUACAUAAUUAUCAAUAAACAGAAAAUUCCCACUAACAUUCAAGGAAGCCAAUCAUGGUGGCAUUUUGUUAGGUUAAGUUUAUGACGUGUGUCUUGAAAGUAACACCGUAGAAAUAACGCCACACAUUCGAAGACAAGAAUUGGAAACUGAUUUAUCCAUUUUUUUUUUAAACCCAGUCGGUAUUUAAAAAUUAAAGUUACUUUUUUUUUUAUUUUCUUGAGAAUUGGUUUGUUUUUAAAAUCAUCGUUUUACUCUUUGGUCAAUUAAAGGGAUAAUUUGCGAUAUUUGUCAGGUUUUUGUAAAAUAUUAGUGUAAACGUAUCAGCACGAAUCAUCUUAAAAUAAUUAAUAUGUGCAAUAAUAUAUUAAUAAAAGUAAGAAUCAUAUAUGUGUUUUAGACGUGGAAAUUUAUUUUACAUGCAAAUGCAACAAAAAUUAUAUUAAAAAAGUAUAAUAUGUAAAUAUUAAAUAUAGGUGUAUAUUAAUAAUAAUUAUGUAUAAGCAUAGAUUCUACUUAAAUGCAUUGUAAUAUUAGGGCUUCGAUUUGUAAAAAUAUUUGCAUUCAAGACAUUCAUUUGUGAAAAGUGUUGUUUAAAAUUUUUGUUUUACUUUAGUUGCUUAAGACUGUAGAACUCUAAGGUUCAGCAAAUUUACCAGGUAAAUUCCAUUGUUCUAGUUAGCAUGCAGUAAUUACAGUGAACAAUAUACCUUUUCGCAGUGUCAUUAAUACCCAUUGCCCAAGAGCUAGCUGUUGAAUGAGGUGCAUGCUGGUCUAGCUAUGGCUCAAAAAUUCACCGCCUAUUUAUUAUAGCGUGCGUACAUAGGCCCUUUUCCAACCAGGGCUUCGGCUUUGGAUUCGGCUUGAGUCUUCAUUCUCUCGUCUGAAGCCCGCUGAGCACGUACGACCAAAACACGCGCAAAUUCUCAAAACAAUCGGCGGAGCCAAGCUAAUCAGUGAGCCGAAUCCAAAGCCGAAGCCGUUGUUUCGAAAAGGGCCCGAGUAUUUACGAAAGGGCAACGGAUUUACCUGGCAAGUCUACCGCCACCUAGCAUCCCAAAAGUCCCCCAUUGGACAUGACUCUAAGAAAAGGGACAGAUCACCCAAGGUGAAACAAGACAUAAUAUGUAUUUCGAAAUGUUUGAGGACAGAUAAAUCAUGUAUUUACUUAUAUAUACUAAGUGCGACUAAGUUAGUUAUAGUUAAUUUAUAUCUUUAUAUUUUUUAAAUGUUUAUUGAAGUAUUUUGUUAAUUUAUUUAUUUAUUUUAUUGUUAUGUAUGAUACUUAUUUAUUUUGACAAUAAAACAAGCCGUGGGUCUCCAUAAGGAUUUAGGUACUUAUUAAUAUAAUAUAUUAUGUUAUUGUAAAUAAUAGUUUCGUAAACCACCACAAUAUUGUGCCUAAUCUUAAGAAAAGAAUUAUGAUAGUAAUUUUAAAAGUAUUUAAUCUUCAGCUAACAUAACUAAACAUAGGUUUUUGGUCUAAAUAUUUGGCAAAGUGUUUAUAAAAAAAAACGAAAAACGAGAAGAAAUAUGCUACCCGAGUGCAGCUUUAUGCAUCAAGUACUGUCUUGCAAUAUUUCACUUGUAGAUGCAAUAGUUCAGUGUUUAUUUAUGGAAGCUGAUUGCCUUAGAAUGUUAUCAGUGAAGUUAAAUAAAUUUAAAAAAUGAUGAUAAACACA